UUCACACAGUUCUAAGAAAUACUGAUUAACAAAAUUCUAUCACUCAAAAAUGAUUAGCAAAGUGGUCACGUUAUUUUGUAUUUGUUACGUGUUUACGAGCGUAACAGCUAAAUUAAUCAAGACUGGUGAAACGUUUGAGCUCUUAAGAGUCAAAAGAGGUGAAAGGAAAUUGAUUGCACGUGCCAAGCUCGUUCCCUGUAAGGAAGAUGAUGACGUGGUAUUUGUUGAAGAGUUCAAAAUCGAUCCUUAUCCUGUUAUAAUUGGGGAAAAUGUCUCCUUGACAAUAUAUUCAGCGAUUACUGAAACAAUUUCACCACCAAUCAAUAUUUAUAUCAAUGCAGAAGCUAGGAUAAAAGGACUCUUCGAUUCGAAUAAUGUAAUGAAAUUGAAUUGCAAGACACUUCAUCCAAUGGUGCAUUUAAUGUGUCCUGUAGAAAUGUGCUCCUUAAUGAAAAAGAAACAGGUUGUUGCAACAAAUUUUAUAACAAAUGAUGCAGGCAUUUUCUCAUGCCCUCUUGAAAAGGGAUUAUUCUUUUACAGCAACAUCAUAAUCGACAGUAAAAUUCCUCCGAGUAUUGCUCGUUUAAUGACUAAUGACUUAGAAGCAACUGCUUUCAUAUAUGUGAAGAAUAAGAAUGAUAAGAGAUUGGGAUGUGCCACAGUUGAUAUUACCGUGGAGAGUGCAUAAUUGUAUGAAAUAUAUUACUUCAAUUCCUUAAACGAAGAUAUAUUAU